UUCCCUACUGACUGACAUGCUUUCAGCCGUUAACAAGCUUUGAUCCGGAAGACACUGCUGAGAGGAAAUGACCCAGAGUGCAAGUGCAAACAGAUAAGCUGAUGGGGUUUGUUUAAAUAUGGUUUUAUUUGAUUAUUUAUGAUAAUGUUUAUUCUUAUAACGAACUGUUCUUGUGUUUUGAAUAUACUGCAAGUACCUGCCUGAGUUGCCAGAUUUGUAAAGAGGUUUAAUGGGCACUUAAUGGGUUAAAUAAAUAGACAACAAAAAAAAUAAGAUUAUGCCAAUUUUUCUGAGCUCUAUGGUGUCUUUUCCAGAGAGUGGUCAGCAAAACACUCAAACAGACACUGUCCACCGACCAAGCGAGAAGUUCCAACCAAGGGUUUCUGGGCAGUACAGAUUGGUCACAUGACCUGGGACUGCCUGGCUCAAUCCCAGAGGCUGUAGUGAGGGCUUUGGUCACGUGACGUACACUGGAACCUGACUCUGGCUCUACUUAGAAUGAUAGCAGCUGCUUCCUUGUUCGGUGAAGUGUUUUGCUACGUAUUUUAUCGUAAAUAAAUAAAUAAUGGACUGAGAAAAAUGAAAGACGAGCCUUUUUUUCGUUAAAUAUGUAGAUUUUUUUUUUUUUUAUAGUGAGAAGAAAAACAAAUCAGAAUUGUAAAUUGGGAGCUCUCGUUUUUAAACUGGAAAGUGAAAAAGACAAAAGGCUUUCCAUUAGAGAUGGUUUGGGCCUAGAAGAUACCCGAGCAACAUGAACCGUGAAGACCGGAAUGUGCUCCGUUUGAAAGAAAGGGAAAGGCGAAAUCAAGAAACCCAACAGGGCGGAGAGGCCAAUCCAGCUAACUCCCCUCUCUUUGCUGAACCUUAUAAAGUUUCUAGCAAAGAAGAUAAACUAUCCAGCCGCAUCCAGAGUAUGCUCGGUAAUUACGACGAAAUGAAGGACCUGAUCGGAGACAAAUCUCUUCAAAAGCUUGUUGGAAUCCCCAAAUCUACUGUACCCUCUAACCCAGAGGAGAAAUCUUUUGGGGAACAACGCUCGAGUCAGAGCAGCAAGUGGACUCCAGUAGGACCUGCACCAAGCACCUCAUCUUCCCAGUCACAGAAACGAUCCAAUUUACAGAGUAGCCACAGUAGUGGCCAGCGGACUACCAGCAGCAGUAGCCAAAGACACGAACGGGACUAUAGUGGUAGUAGCCAAAAGAAAAGCAAACAUGGAUCAGACCACUCUAAAUCUCGUACAUCCAGCCCUGCCAAGGGAUCUUUAAGUUCUAGCCAUUCCCGGUCACAUGGGAGUGACCACCACGGUAAAGAGCGCCAUAGGUCCAAGUCCCCACGUGACCACGACUCUCCUUCUCGUGUUCACACAUUUUCAUCCAGCGGGCAGCACUCGAGCCAGGCUUUUCCUCCAUCGUUGAUGUCCAAGCCCAGCUCCAUGCUGCAAAAGCCUACUGCCUAUGUCCGCCCAAUGGAUGGCCAGGAGUCACUUGAACCCAAGACAUCAUCGGAACAUUACAGCAGCCAGUCACACAGGAGCAGUAUGGGAGAGAUGAAGUCCAGUAGCAAAGCAUCUCUUGCUAAACUCAAGAUCCCUUCCCAACCACUGGAGGCAUCAAUGUCGGGUGAUGCCAGUUGCGUGGAUGAAAUUUUAAAGGAAAUGACUCAGUCAUGGCCGCCUCCUUUGACAGCAAUUCAUACGCCAUGUAAAACGGAGCCUUCAAAGUUUCCAUUCCCAACCAAGGAUAAUCAGCAAGCUAGUUUUGGCAGUGGUGGUCAGAAGAGAUGUGUCACAUCCAAAAUGUCUUCAAGUGGUCAUCAGUCAAAAGUGCCUGAUGGUGAUCAAGCAAAUAUGCUGGAAGAUGACCUGAAACUCAGCAGCAGUGAAGAUAGUGAUGGGGAACAGGAGUCUGCAAAGACUGCACCUAGAAACCAUUCAGCUAGUACUUCAGAGCCUUCACAACACAACAGUGAAGGAGCAGAGCAUUCGCGAGAUGAUUCGAGCAGCCACAGUGGCUCAGAGAGCAGCUCGGGGUCCGAUUCUGAAAGCGAGAGCAGCUCCAGUGACAGUGAAGCCAAUGAGCCAACACGGAUCCCAUCCCCUGAGGUGGGGUUUAAACCUGAACCACCACCUACAAACAAGUGGCAACUUGACAACUGGCUUAAACAAAAUAAGGUCUCGCCAGCCUCUUCUGUGGAUAGUAACGUCCCAGUGAAUUACAAGAACGAGAACCGGGAGCAGAGCUCAGGCAGGGGAUAUGCAGGCCAGGGUGGAUCCAAAGAUUCUAGCUCUUCUGCUCCCGGCAGAGACUCACGGACUUCCCAGAAAGGGUCGGAAAGUGGCCGCAGCCGGCAGAAAUCCCCAGCUCAGAGCGAGAGCAGCAACACCCCACGACGGACUGUGGGUAAAAAACAGCCUAAAAAAUCAGAGAAGACGCCUGUGGUUGAGGAGCCCAAGGGAGGACUGAAAGUUGAAAGCGAAACCCCUCUUGAAAUAAACCGUCCCAAAGCUCCAACAAAAGGUUCACGAAAGCCUAACAUUAAAAAAGAGCCCAAAUCUUCAUCACCCCGGCCCGCGAUGGAAAAGCGGAAAAGCAAGACUCCUAACAAGCCUUCACAGAAAUCCAGGGAAUUUAUAGAAACUGACUCUUCAUCCUCUGAUUCAGAGGAAAACGAGAGCAUUCCUUCCUCCUCACAAACUCCUAAGUACUCUGAGAGCGUCAGGACUCCUGCUAGUAAACCUUGCAUUGAGGAGGAUGACAGCUUUUUUAGACAACGAAUCUUCUCUCUUAUGGAAGAGAAAGAACUGCUUUCGCCCCUGAGCGAUCCAGAUGACCGGUACCCUGUUAUACAGUCUCUGAUUGUUAAAAUAGACUUAACUCUGCUGACCAGAAUCCCUGGGAGACCUUACAAUGAAAUUCAGCAGCCCAAGGUAGAAAUUGAUAGCGUGGUAGAGAGGGAAAAUAAAGAAUUUCAGAAGCAACCUAAUGAGAAGAAUAAAGGUAAAAGGAAACACAAGACCGAGAAUGACGGCAUCAAAAGUGAAAGCAAGAAGCCUAAACUGGAAGACAGAAACACUUUGAACCACAAAUCUAGCACUAAAGAGUCAUCCAAAAGGGUUUCUGAAAAGGAGAAAGAACAUGCUCCCUCUCCGUCUGUGGCUAUGCCACUGAAAACCCCAAAAGCAGACCACCAGAGUCGUAAAAGGACAGUCAGCCAGUCGUCCACCUCCAUCUCCAGCAGCACCAGCAGUAACAAGGAGAGUGGCAGGAGCAGCAGCAAGAGCAGCUCCUCAUCCUCCAAGCACAGGAAGAUGGAAGAGAAACAGGCAGGGAGUGCCAAGGAGAGCAAGGACAAAGCUCAGAAAAGUUCUGAAAACAAUCCUCAUCAUCCUGCAUCAUCAUUCGAAAACUCUAAGUCUAGAAAAUCAAAACUCACAUUUGAAGACCGAAUACAGUCUGCAGAUCACUAUUUGCAAGAUGCCAAGAAGCUGAAGCACAAUGCAGAUGCACUGAUGGACAGGUUUGAAAAAGCUGUGUAUUACCUGGAUGCUGUUGUAUCUUUCAUUGAAUGUGGAAAUGCUUUGGAGAAAAGUGCUCAGGAAGCAAAGUCUCCAUUUCCUAUGUAUGCAGAAACUGUGGAACUGAUCAAAUACACUAUGAAGUUAAAGAGUUACUUGGCUCCCGAUGCUACAUCGGCUGAUAAGAGGCUUGCGAUACUAUGUCUCAGAUGCCAAUCGCUUCUCUAUCUGAGGCUGUUUAAACUGAGGAAAGAAAGCGCACUGAAAUAUUCCAAAACGCUAACUGAACACUUGAAGAAUUCCUACAGCAAUUCUCAAGCUCCUUCACCUGGAAUGAGCAAAGCAGGAAUGCCUUCCCCAGUAUCGCCCAAGCUAUCCCCAGGCAAUGCUGGGAGCUACUCUUCAGGGAGUUCGAAUUCUUCGGGAGGCAGUUCUUUAGUCACUAUCCCACAGAGAAUCCACCAAAUGGCAGCCAGCUAUGUCCAGGUUACAUCCAACUUCCUUUAUGCCACAGAAGUAUGGGACCAAGCUGAACAACUAUCUAAAGAACAAAAAGAUUUUUUCACAGAGCUCGAUAAAGUUAUGCCCCCUUUGAUCUUCAAUACCAGCACUAUGACGGAGUUGGUGCGCUACACGCGACAGGGAUUACAUUGGCUUCGACUUGACGCAAAGUUGUUACCGUAGAGGCUGGAAACAAGACUUGUAUUUUAAAUAUAAUCUUAACUGCCUCAGAUUUCUCUUCAACACUGUGUUCAUUUUUAUAUCCGAUCUUGCCAAAAAAAAUCCCAAAGAAUUGAAAUGGGGUAAUCUUAACUUUACAAAAUCUGUGGUUUGGGAAAGACAUUUGUAUUGAGGCCUGAAGCCCUUUCUUCCACUGAACUUGUGUGUAAACAGAUGCAUUUUCUGUGCUUCUUUUAAAAGCCAUUUGUAUUAAAGGACAGGCUGUCUUUAGGUAGCUCAUUACUUUGUUUAACAUGAGAUAUAUAGAUUGUAUUUACCCUGUGAUUUUAUUGUAUAGACCCAAUUAUUUAUUUUGUUGUUUUGUGGUCUCUAAUUUUAAGUAGUGAUUUUCCAUGUAUCUUGUUGGACUUAAGAUAGUAAUGUCAAGUCACAAAACCUAAAAUGCUUGUGGUCUAGGUGUGAACAGGUGUUUUGUUUUAUUUAAUAUGUUUUUAACCUUAGUUUAUUUUAAGUGUAAAAAAAAUCAAACACCUGAAAUUUCAUAAAGGGACACAUACAGGCUUUGAUGAAAUGAAGAACUUAUUUAAGAGUAAAAUAUUGGCAAGUUUUGAAAUGGCAUGAGUCAUGCUGUUUUGAAAUGGCAUGAGUCAUGUAUGUGCAAAAAUAAAAAGGCACUAAUUUAAAAAUAAUAAUUCACAAUUCUUCACACUAUAUGGGUACUUUAUAUUGAUUUUUUAAAGGUACAAUAUUAUAAGAAUUUAGAGGAGUGGAGCAAAGUAUAGAUUUAACAAAAGGAGUCCUUUUUUUAAAUUACACUUAAUUCAUAUGCAUUAAAAAGAUUUUAAAGCGCUGCUUUUCAUUUUUUUUUUUU